GCUGCUUCGCCCUGGCAAAUCGAUUGCUUCGCAUGUUGGCCUGCGCGCCCACAUCUGCCCUCGUGUGAGACGCCUCCAGUGGCAGGUCCCCAAAGCUGAUCGCUCCCACCAAGCGCUCUGACCCCAGCGGAUUACGGAGGGUCCCGCGCAGGUUGCUGUCGGGAGGCGCUGGAUGCUCUCGCACCAAGUUGGGAUCGCUCUAACUCUGCACGUUCCUCUUGGAUCUAAUCUUUCAGCGUGACGCGAUCCCUUUCUGGAGGAGGGAGUCCUGCGGCGGCGGCGGCGGCGGCUAGCUUACACAUCUCUGCUCCAGCCUCUGCUUCUCCCGCAGGCUGCUCUGUCCCCGUCUCAGCUGUUUCUCGCGUGCAUGCGAGAGUGCCCCGUUCCCCCUGGCCCAGCUGGCGUCCCGGGAGCCCUGAUGUCUUCAUUGGACUCCCCGCAGUUGUUGAUGGGGUGUCUUGCUCAGAUUUCCAGGCAGGAGCUCAACCGCAGCACCCAGAGCCAGUUCUCGCUGCCAGGCGGCGCUUCGUGCGGUGCAGGCUGCGGCUGCCGCUGAGCUGGGACUCGGCUGCAGGGCAAGGAGCGGCGAGAACCGGGCGCUGCCUCUGCUCUCCGCAGGGACCGCGCACCUGCGGCGGCGGGGGGAGGGCGCACGGAGCGGUGCCGGCGGCAGCAGCCCCUUCCCCUGAUCCGGAAUUGUGAACUUUCCCCCUGCCCCUCUUGGAGGAUCCCCGAGCUGAGCCACAUGCAUCCCUUGGCGGCCGGCCGGGCUUCCUGGAGUUAAUGUCCGUGCUGGGUCCGACGAGCCCAUCUGAAAGGGGCCGGUGUCGGAAGGAAAUCUAAGAUGAAGUUAUGGGAUGUUGUGGCUGUCUGCGUGGUGCUGCUCAGCACGGUCUCCACAUCCCCGCUGCCCGCCGGUAAGACGCCUCCCGAGGGGCCCCCUUCAGUGGUAGAGGGGCCUGAAGACGAUCACUCCCCCAUCAGCCUGCCGCCUCCCUAUGCUGUGCAAAGUGACUCUAACAUGCCAGAGGAUUAUCCAGAUCAGUUUGACAAUGUAGUGGACUUUAUUCAAGCCACUAUAAAAAGACUCAGAAGGUCACCAGAUAAACAAACUCCAAUUUUUUCUAAACGGGAGAGAAGUCGGCAAAAUGCAGCUGUUAAUACAGAGAAUUCCAGUAAAAAGGGACGGCGAGGUCAAAAGGGCAAAAAUCGAGGUUGUGUCUUAACGGAAAUACAUUUAAAUGUGACUGACUUGGAUUUGGGAUAUGAAACCAAAGAAGAGCUGAUUUUCCGGUACUGCAGUGGAUCUUGUGAUGCAGCCGAGACCACAUAUGACAAAAUUUUAAAAAAUUUAACCAGAAAGAAAAAGCUGGUCAAUGAUAAAGUGAGGCAAGCUUGCUGCAGACCCAUUGCCUAUGAUGAUGACCUUUCAUUUUUGGACGAUAACUUGGUUUACCAUAUAUUGAAAAAACAUUCCGCUAAAAGAUGUGGAUGUGUCUGAUUUUUUUUUUUUUUUUUU